AUGCGGAAUUUAGUACGAAGAUAUGUGACGGUUGAACAAAGGAAGGCGGAAAACCAGGGCGUCACUGAGGACGAUGUCAACGAGAUAAAACAGGACAUAUCUGCCUUUCGUUUCGAGCUCAUUGAAAUUCUGAAAAAUUCUGGAAUGAAUACGUCGACGGCGCAUAAUGUUAUGGGAACGGGGGGUAAGAAGAACAGGCAGAAGGAACGUCGCCUUAUGAAGGGCUUUAACAUAGCUCCUCAACCUUCAACCACUGGCUCUCUUCCUCCAGUUGCCGAAUUCAUAGCUUCACUUCAACAACAUCACCAAGGUGAUGCGCAUCACCACGACUUCUUUGGAUCAACUUUAUCAGGAAUCUUCACUCCAACUCAGAGAAAGUUACAUCUUCACGGCAGUACCGUUUCUUCCUCUCAAGGAAGUAUUAAUGAAGGCAACGGUAAUCAUCAUAAGAGGCUAAAUUUAAAACGAAGUCAGUUGCACAAAAGGCGCUGGGGCACACUAAUCGAAGCAGCUAAAUCUGGCAAAGUGUCUCGACUUAUCGGCCGGUCCCGUUCGGAAGACUCUGUGUGCAAUAGUUGUCCAGAUAAUGGCACAACUCAUUCGCACAGUCACAGUAAUAGCCCUGCGUCUGACGAUAACAGGUCCGCUAGUUUUUCGGAUUCGAAUCCAAGUUUGGACGUUCCGGAUCGGCCUGACAAAGAGUUACACGGGAUCGCCCAAGGUUUAGCGUUACUAAAGAAGAAGAGAAAGAAAUUCUCGGCUUCGAGAAAUUCGAGUCCAAUAGUGCCUCCAACCACUUCAACUGAACAUAGCCACCACCAUCGAAAAAUGCCACCGAAGAAGGUCUUGAAACGUGCCUCCAGCGUCCCUACAAGAGUUCCAGAUGGCGUACAAUCGGCGCGUCACGAAGAGACCCAAUCUCAGCAAGACUCCAUGGAGAUCCCAACCACGGUACCGUCCACCUUAACCCCAUCAACUACUGAGGAAAGCGUGACCACAGUGGGUCCUUCUAUCCCACCUAGCGGUACCUCACGAGAACCGUUGAUUUUUAAUUCUUCCUCCAGCAAUCCUACAGGGUCUUCACAAACUCCGGACGAAGAGUACAACAGACCUUCCGGAACUCAUAAUCAUAUUAGUCCAAAGUUGGCUGGAAUCAUACCUUUAAGUGGACAUAUCGGACCAUCGGCUGGGUGGUUGUAG